CGUUAUAAGUGAUUGUACUUUACAAGAGGAACAAGGGACGAUAUCUAUAUUUAGAAACAUGGUUACGAAAUGUUAAACGUGUUGUUUUUCGGCUAUACGAUAUAUAUCGCGAUAGUAAAUUUCUGUAAUCUGACAGGAAGCUGUUGCGCCUGACUCGACGAGUAAAAUCUGUCUCAUUGUUAUUCCGAAUACGCGUGGUAGAGUGAACCGCGCGCGCCAUAAGACCCAUUGUAUCGUGCAUUGUAUUGUGCUCCGCGAGUGACAAGCAACGCACAGUGCUCCGAAAUAUUUCUGUGAUCGAUGGUCGCUCGACUAAACGUAUAGCUUCGUAGACGUACGUAGAAUAUCUAUGGACGGAGUUGUAUGCGAUCACGCAGAUCCAUUUGACACCUGCCGAAUUACGUAGGGCAUGGCAAGUUCAUGCUUCAGUGAUGUGGACGAAUAUGGUUUUGAACGACCACACGAUUUCGAUUAUGAAACUUAUGAAGAUUUUAUGUCAGAGUACCUUAAGGUUCUCGCAAAAAUGGCCAAGAAAUGGGCAAAAAUUAUUGGCGAAGGAAAAUCGUUACAGCGAAGCAUUACUAUAAAGAAAUAUGUUCGUAAAGGCAUUCCAGGAGAACAUAGAGGAUUGGUAUGGCUCGCUGUGAGUGGCGGGGAAGAAAUAAAAAACGUGUCGCCGGAACUCUAUCAAAAAUUAUUACAAGGUCCGCAUAAUACAGAAAUUGCUGAAAUUAUAAAAACUGAUCUCCCAAGGACGUUUCCAGAUAAUAUAUUCUUUAAUAAUACAGAGAAUCAGCAGCAUCAAUUAUACAAUGUAUUGUUGGCUUUUGCUCAUCAAAAUAAAACUGUUGGAUAUUGUCAGGGUUUAAAUUAUAUAGCAGGUUUACUUUUACUUGUAACAAAAAGCGAAGAAACAGCAUUUUGGUUAUUAAAAGUGUUAAUUGACAAAAUCUUACCAGAUUAUUACACGCGCACUAUGGAUGGUUUACUUACUGAUAUUGAUGUGCUUGCAGAAUUAGUAAGGAUAAAAAUGCCUGAUGUUUAUCAACAUGUAACAAACUUAGGGUUGCCUUGGGCAGUAAUUACAACAAAGUGGUUUGUGUGCUUAUUCGCAGAAGUCUUACCUAUAGAGACUACUCUACGUAUUUGGGACUGCCUCUUUUAUGAGGGUACCAAGAUUAUCUUUCGUGUUGCAUUAACACUUAUAAAAAGGAACCGAUCUAAUCUGUUAGCUUGCCAAGAUUUUACAACAUUAGCUGAAUGUUUCAAGGAAAUUACAAAAGACAGUAUUGUUUUACGAUGUCACGAAUUUAUGCAGAGUAUUUUUAAAGUACCUGGAUCACUGCCUGGUAAUACAAUAACAAAAUUAAGAACAAAAGUAACGCAACAACGUAUAGAACAAAAGCAAGAUAAGCUAGGACGAUAGUAUUAUUGACCGAUUUUUUCACAUACACCGAAAUAUUCUAGUCAUUAUUCAUUUGCAUCUUUUGCAAAAUGAAUGCGUGUAAAAUUGUAUUAUAUAUAUUUUGUUAUUGCAUAAUUA